GCCCCCACGGGGCCCUUCCUCGAGCUGAAACCUUAGUUUGUCGAGUCGUUGCCCGCUCGGACGAUCUCCACGUCUGAUUUUCUCGCUUUUGAACAUACCCUGCAUGAAUAUAUGGACGAACCCAUUCUCAGAUUCACGGCGCAAUUCCCUGUCACUGGGCCCAGGUAAGUUCUCUCUCUUCGUAGAAUCCUAUUCUCGAAUCGAAAUAGCUCUCUAGUUUUAUCCUUAAAGCAGAAUACCGCAUGGAAUUUACAUGUUUUUUCAUUUCAAUUGCUAACAUUUGACGGAAACCUCCAGUGCUCAAGCUCGGAAGUUGGAAAUUACUGGGAAAAAGGGUUUUUGUUUUGAUUUAAGGGUUUUGUGUGCGCGAAGAUUCGAGGAUGAACGGAAAUUCGUUAGUUCACCUUCCAUCAUCUCCUGGUACAGUACCAUCAUCUUCAGUGGUAAUUGCUUGCCCACGAGCUUCUUCCAAUGGGUUUCUUUGUUUCCCGCCGAAAUCUAGAACUAGGGGUUUUCUGGUCAGAGCUUCUUCUAGCUCUGAUGCAGAACAUGGGCAAUCAUCGUCCUUCUCAGAGGGUAAGGGUCUGCUUACUGUUGUUUUGAAUGUGCCGAGGAAUAUUUGGAGGCAGACUUUACGGCCAUUGAGUGAUUUCGGGUUCGGCCAUCGAAGUGUUUGGGAAGGUGGGGUGGGUUUGUUUAUUGUAUCUGGAGCGGCGCUUCUUGCUCUUAGUUUGGUGUGGUUGCGAGGAUUUCAGAUGCGACCAAAGUUCCGGAAAUAUCAGACUGUCUUUGAGUUUCCUCAGGCCUCUGGAAUUUGCACAGGAACCACUGUUAGAAUCCGCGGAGUAAAUGUCGGUAAUGUAAUCCGUGUCAAUCCUUCCUUGAAGAACAUUGAAGCUGUUGCUGAGAUUGAUGAUGACAAGAUAAUUAUCCCGAGGAAUUCGCUGGUAGAGGUAAAUCAGUCUGGUCUUCUGAUGGAAACUAUGAUUGACAUUACUCCAAGGGAUCCAAUUCCAGGUCCUUCAGUCGGGCCUUUGCAUCCUGAAUGUGAUAAAGAAGGCUUGAUUGUGUGCGAUUGGCAAAAGAUAAUGGGAUAUCAAGGAAUCCAACCACUGCUUUCAGAGUUUUGUGAUAGUGGCUUGCUCAAGGAAGUUGAGAAUCUAACUCAAAACCUAACACAAGAUUCUGAGGAUUUGAGAAAGGUUAAUUCAUCCAUUAUGACUCCUGAGAACACUGAACUCAUUCAGAAGUCAAUCUACAGUCUGAUUUUCACUUUGAAGAACAUCGAGGGCCGGUCUAUGGGUUGGAUCUGUAACGCGGUAUCGUCCUUUUCUAUCAGCCAAAGUUUGUAGAAGUAAGGUUGAUGCGGCUCGGUGGUUUCAUCUGAAGAUGAUGCCAGUGGUGAUAUUUUCUUACGGGACGGCUUGGCGAUAUACAUCGUGUUAACGUCAGGGCCUUGUAAGGUAUCGAUAUCCGUUCUUCCACAACAUUUUACCUGUCACUUGCAAUGCAGAGACAUUUGGUGAAAUUGGAAAUGAAUCUUCUUGGUGGGGAUAUUGGAUUCUAAAUCUCUUGAUAUGUUUGGGAAAGUCUUGAGAAGCCUUCAAGAGAAGGGUUACUUCAUAUUGAAAUCGUCCGGCCUCCCUUGAGCGAGUGAUUGAUUGGUGAAUGGUUUUGGACAGGUCAUCGCAAACGAUGUUUUUGUACGAUAUACAGAAUACAGAUGAUGUGUUAGUAUAAAUGGUAUGUAGGCUGUUAUCUUACGAAAUGUUACCUUUUUUA